GUCUUCGCAACACAGUGUCCGCCCGCACAGGAUAUUUGACGGCGGGUAAUCGUGCAGUGCGGGACAGUUUACUACGCGGAAUCGUCCAGUGAUUAUCGACGCGUUUAGUGCACGCCUGUUAGCGUUACGUGCGACGGUUUACACUUCCUUUCCACUGUGAUUCAAAAUGUAGCACCAUGAAGCUGCAGCAGUGCGUCAUUGAUUUCGCUAUCAUCCUGAUAACGAUCCCUUCGCUUGUCGUCGUGGCACUGCUACUGGAUUACAUGAUGAACCACACCGGCUGGUCCGAUCAGCUGGAAUCGCAGAUCAUCAUGGUCGCCCUGGCGGUGGCCUUCUUCCUGAUCUGCAUCAUGAUCUCCGUCUACCUGACGCACCGGGUCGGCAACUGUCUUUGGGCCGGUCCGCAAAGUGAUCAGCAAUCGAUAUACUCGAUCGAACGUGGCCACCGUCGGGACUAUUCGCUCGAUAUAACGCCACCACCAACCUACGAAACGGUUAUGGGCGAACACGAACCACCGUCCUACGAGAAGAUCAGCAAAAUCUUCCCACCCCAGGAACCGCCACCAUCGUACGCCGCCACAAUUGCGCUCGGGCGUGAUAUUACGGCGCACAUCUGAUCUACGUGCCAUAGUAAACAA